AUGUUCCGAUCCAAGAAAAGUUCAACAGUUCCCAUAAGAACUAAGGAUAAAAGUACUCUUUUGGCUCCUUGUAUUAAUUGUGAAGAUUUUAUACCUUUUGAUAAAAUCGAUUAUCAUGUUUAGAUUUGCAAUCAAGUUUCUAAUAAAGUACUUAAAUAUACAGAAUCAAAUGUAUUUUUUGAAGAGAAUGAUUUCAAACUAAGUAAAUUAAAAGCUAAUUUAUAAAACAAAUGUUAUUAACACACUCAAAGAUUAUGUCGGAUUUGUGAAUUGAUUUCUUCAAUUAAUACAAUUGGUUGUGUAGAAAAGGCUUCUUUAAAAGAAUUUGAAAAAGAAUUACUUAAUAUGAGUUAGGAACCAAGUCAAUCUAUAAAUUAAUCCUUAUAUAUUGAGAGAAUACAUUCACUUGUUUUGUAAAGGAUAAGUAUCAUUCAAAACUAAUUAAACCUUAAGACCAUCAAACCUACAUAAUCACAAUAACACUUCUAUCCUCAAUAAAACACUGCUUUCAUUUCAAAAAAUUUCAAAAAUUCAACAGGUUCAACUCAAACAACUAAUAAUAAUAACUUAUAAAAUUUAAUUCAAAAUAAAUUGGAAUCAUCUGAAGUAUUCAAUUGUCUAAAUAAAUUUAAUCAAUGUUAAUCACCAGAUCCAAGAAUGACAUAUAUUACUAAAUUUUCCUAAAAUAGUCCAAUAUCACAAUAUGGAAUAACAUAAUAACAAUAAAAAAGUGAAAUCUUAACACAUAUUAGUGAAUAAUAUGCUGAAAGUAUUGAUCAAUAAUCUAAUCCAAAAACAUUUGCUUAGAGAUGUUUCUAUUCAAAGGUUCUAAAUCUUAAAUUAAAUUAUCCACAAUCUAAUCCAGCUUAAAAGAUUCCAGUGUCUGUUUUAUGGAAAUAAGCUGAGAAAAAUAAAAUUAAACCAGAAGAUUGGGAAUUAUUUAUUAGAAAUUGCCUUGAUAAACCUUUCCAAAUUUUAGAUCCUCAAAAAAUUGAUUCUCAUUUUUUUAAUUCUUCAUAGAUCAAAUUCACAAAAUUACAAUGA